AUGGGGGACAUUAUGGUGAAGGUGAAUUGCUACCAUUCAGGCAAAUUCAAAACAGAGGAUGGAAAGCUUAUUUAUGCAGAUGGAAAAGUCGAGGUCUUAGAAGUUGAUGGAGUUACAAUCUUUGAAGAUGUGGUGUUUCAAAUGGUGCACAAAACAGAGUUGGGGAAUAUGUGGUAUAAGUUACCUUACGAAGACCUAGAAGAUAGGAAGUCUUUAUCGAAUAAUAUUGAUCAAGGUAAGAAGAAAUUGGCGACUGGGGGCUGUUGGAUGAAAGAAAUAGAUUUCUACAUUGAGAAGAUAGGUGAAGAUGAGAGAAUCUGUGGCGAAGAAGUGAAUGAGGAGCAGGAAAAUGUAGUGCUCGAAGAAGAAGAGAGAAUGAUUGGGCAAGGAGCUAACGAGGAAGAGAGAAUCAUUGAGCAAGGAGAGCAUGAGAACGAAGUGAAUACUGUUAAUGAGGAAGCAGAAGAGCAUGGGUUCGAAGAAGAUGAAGAUGAUGCAGAUUAUGAGGAAAGUGGUAAUGUGUCAGAAAGUGAAGAUGAUAGUUGGUCUGACUUGAGAGCCACAAAUGAUGAAAGCGAUGAGAAUGAUGAGGCUCUCGAGGAGGAUAUUGAUAUGAUAAACAACAACUAUGGGGAUGAGAUUCCUGAUGAAGGUGAAGUGUAUCCGGAUACUGAAGCAUCAUCAGAUGAGGAAGAGGAACAAGCUAAAAGGAUGGCUCGAGCAGGGUUAUUAGAUGGUGUACUCAGCUUAAGACAGACAUUUUCCAGUGGAGAAGAGUUCAAGAAACAGGUGAUCUCUUACAUCUUGAAGACUAGACGAAAUGUGGUGUAUGAUAGAUGGGAGAAAACAAAGAUUGGGGCUCGUUGCAAUGGAAAGGGUUGUCCUUGGCGUAUCUACUGCUCCGUAGAUACUCCACUUAACCGAUGGAUGGUGAAAGUGUAUGAAAACAAGCAUAUUUGUCACCCAACUGGUCGGUGCAAGACUAUAAAGGCUCCAGUGAUUGCUGAUUUGAUGUUAGAAGCGAUGAGAAAAAAUCCAGAUAUGAGUGGACCGAUGAUCCAAGAAGAGAUGAGGAACCGCUACAACAUUAUCAUCACUGUUCCACAGUCGCAAAAUGCAAGGAGAAUGACACUUGAUAAGCUUCAAGCUGAGUGUAAUGAGCAAUUUUCAAGGCUGAGAGAUUAUGUGGUGGAGCUAAAACGGUCAAACAUUGGUACGAUUACAGAGAUCAACACCACAAGGAAUUUAAACGGAGGUCACGUUUUUAGCAGCUUCUAUGUUUGCUUUGACGCAUUGAGGAUUGCAUGGAAGCAGAAUUGCAGACCCAUAAUUGGGUUGGAUGGAACCUUCCUCAAACAUUCAUUGCAGGGAAUGCUCUUGACAGCUAUAGGAAGAGACCCAAACAACCAGGUUUUCCCAAUAGCAUGGGGUGUGGUAUCUGGUGAGAGCAAUGAUAAUUGGCAGUGGUUUAUUCACAGACUGAAAGAGGACUUGGCGCUGGGAUCAGGUGAACAGACUACUAUUAUUUCAGAUAUGCAUAGAGGAUUGAUCCAUGGCGUGGCAGUUGAGCUACCAAGAGCAGAACACAGAGCUUGUGCAAGGCACGUUUACUCAAAUCUCAAGAAGAAUCACAAGUCCGACAUGCUGAAACCCUUGUUUUGGCGGAUUGCUAGUAGCUACAAUGAACCUGAUUUUGAUCGGAAUCUGAAGAUAUUCAAAGAGUAUGAUCCUAGGGCUUGCGAGGAGCUGUUGAAGAAGGAUCAUCGCACUUGGUGUAGGGCUUUCUUCAGAGCUGGUGCUUGUUGUUCCGACACACAUAACAACUUAACCGAGUCUUUUAAUAGAACCUUGAAGAUUGCAAGGAAGAAGCCCUUUGUGCAGAUGAUGGAGUUGAUUAGAAGAGACGCUAUGAAAAGGGUUGCAAUCAGGUUUAAGACAGCUGAUCAUGAGGUUGGGACAUACACACCAAAAGGAAGAAAAGAGAUUGCAAAGGCAUGUGAUGAAGCGCAGAACUGUUAUUCAGUAGGUAGUACUGGUGGUGAAUUCGAGAUUGUCCAGAACCUUAAUGGUUAUGCUGUGAAUAUGAAUCUGCGAACUUGUGCUUGUCGAAAGUGGGACUUGACUGGGAUACCUUGUUGUCACGCUGUUUGUGCAAUCAGAGAGAAUGGUAUGGAAGUUGAAGAUUUCAUUGCAGAUUAUUACUUGACAUCUAAGUGGCAAGACGUGUAUAGGCAUGGAUUGCGGCCUGUUAAUGGACCAAAGUUUUGGACAUUUUCUGAUGGGGAUCUAAUUGAAGCACCACCUUAUAAGCGUCCUCCUGGUAGACCGAAAGGCAAAGCACGCAUUAAAGGUGUUAUGGAAUCACCAAAGAAGGGUAAGAAGCAUCCAGAAACAAAAGUGUCUAGAAAAGGAAGAGAAAUGCAUUGUGGUUUGUGCGGUGGAAAAGGUCAUAAUGCAAGGAAAUGUCCUCAUGAGUCUGAAGAGAAUAGGGUGAAAAGAAGGCGCAUCAGAGAAGGUCUAGCAAGUGAAGAAGCUCAAGCAAGUGAAGAAGUUCAGGCGCAGGCUCAAUAG